AUGAGUUUUUUGGUAUCACGGUACUGUGCUCAGAUUCAGUUGCAUAUUUUGUUGAUUCAACCGAUACCAUUUCUACAUGAUCGGCAGCUAAGGGAGGCGGAGCUAGCCAACACCUCUUCCAUGGCGUCCACCGUGCCAUGCUCCGCCGGCCUCGUGUCUCAGGCACCAGCACCACGACACCAAAGCUGCAGAUUCCAGCAGCCUCAUCGAGAUGGCCAGAUUAGAGCUAUGACUGGAGUGAGCAUGGAUGGCUGGGCACAGCAUGAAGCCCCGGUUGCAGUGGUCACCGGAGCAUCGAGAGGGAUCGGGAGAGCCAUAGCUGUGGCUCUUGGCAAGGCAGGGUGCAAGGUAGUUGUGAACUAUACCAAGUCUGGUAUGGAAGCUGAAGAAGUGUGCAGAGAGAUUGAGGAGUACGGUGGGACAGCCAUCUCUUUCUCCGCCGACGUGUCCAUGGAAGCCGAUGUCGAAUCUAUGAUGAGAGCGGUGAUCGAUACUUGGGGCACUCUGGACGUGCUGGUGAACAAUGCAGGAAUCACACGAGAUGCGUUGCUGAUGCGGAUGAAGCGGGCGCAAUGGCAGGAAGUGGUCGACGUGAACCUCACCGGCGUGUACCUCUGUGCCCAGGCCGCGGCGGCAGUCAUGACGAAGAGGAAAAAGGGAAGGAUCAUCAACAUCGCGUCGGUUGCCGGGAUCAUCGGCAACAUUGGGCAGGCCAACUACUGCGCUGCCAAGGCCGGGGUGAUCGGAUUGACAAAGGCCAUGGCCAGGGAAUACGGUAGCAGAAACAUAAAUGUGAAUGCGGUUGCGCCGGGCUGGGUCGCGUCCGACAUGACAGCAAAACUAGGCGACGACAUCGAAAGAAAGGCACUCGAGACAAUACCAUUAGGACGGUUCGGCAAGCCAGAAGAGAUCGCUGGUCUGGUAGAGUUCAUGGCCGUUCAUCCGGCUGCAAGCUACAUGACCGGGCAGGUGCUCCCGGUUGAUGGUGGACUGUCCAUUUAA